AUGAACGUUAAUCCACAUCUCCAGUAUCUCCAGCUGCACCAACUCCAGCAGCAGCAACAGCCCAUGAAUGCUACCGGCCAGUCCCCGCAGAUUUCACAGCUCCAGUUGCAACAGCACCAGUUACAGAGACAACAGCUUUUGAACCAUCAUCUCCAGCAACAACACCAGCACCAGCCCAUAGGAACACCCACAGCUCAGAACGUCAGUACUAAUCCUUUGUUAGCUGCAAUUAAUGGAACUUCUAACGGAAACGUCGUUCCAGGGAAUGUAAAUGCUCUGGUAAAUCCUGUCUUACAAUUACAAUUACAACAGCAGAAACAGCAACAGCAGCAUCAGUUCCAGCAGUUACAGGCAGCCCAUCAGGCAGCCCACCAAGUCCAACAGCAGAUUCCUUCUCAUCAGUUACAUAAUCAGGCUCCUCUCAUCAAAGAGGUCUGGGUGCAAAACUUGGAAAAUGAGUUUCACACCUUACGAACCUUCAUCAACGACAAGACAUCCAAGAUCUUCAUCGCCAUACACGAGGAAAUCCCGGGCAUCGUAGCAAGACCAGUAGGCACGUUCAAGUCAUCGUCUGACUAUCAUUUCCAGACGUUGCGUUCCAACCUGGACUUGUUGAACUUGAUCCAGUUGUCAUUCUGUGUCACCAAGAUCAAAAACAACGAGAUCAGUUCCAGCAUCAUCUGGCAGUUCAACUUCUUGUAUGACUUGACUAAGGAGAUGUUCAACGAAGAACAUUUGACCAUGUUGUCGCAGUCGUCGCAGAUAAACUUCCAGAUGCACAUGACUCAGGGUAUUCCUCAUUUUUCAUUUGCUGAACUCUUGAUUGAAAGUGGUUUGCUUUUGGACCUGUCCAUCAAUUGGAUCAGUUAUCAUGCUGGGUAUGACUUGGGCUUCUUUGUUAGCUUGCUCAUCAACGAUAAUCUUCCUGUCGAUGAAAAAGACUUCUACUCCUGGUGCUCCAAGUACUUCCCCAACUUCUACGACUUGAAGUAUAUCGGUAGCCAGUUGUUGAACACACCCAAUGGCGAAGAUACAGCUAAGGCUUCCAAUAAUAAACCAUCCAUAGAAUAUUUGGCUGAAGAAUUGCACUUAUUGCCUAUCUCUCCUGCUAUCCGUCAACACUUUGCUGCGUCUAUGUCAUCUCACUUUCCGGGCCAUCAACAGCAAAUGACCUCUACUUUACAUGCCUACUUGUCAAUGGAGUGUUUCAAGGAGCUUUUGAGACAGUCGUCUUUUGAUCUUGCUUCGUUUUCACGCUUCAAGGGCUACAUCUGGGGCUUGGGCAAUUUGUAUGGUAACGGAUCUGUAGACGAGCAAUUUCAGAUCAACGGGGCCAUUCCUCAGCCCUCAACACCCUCGGGAGGCAACUCAAAAAGCGGUGUCGUUCACUAUGGAAGACCCCUUUGACUUUUGUUGGUUGCUAUGCCGCUUUUAGAACAAACUUGUACUUGUAUGUUUUCCUUCUAUAAUAUUCUUCAUUUCCAUGUAAAUUAGAUAUUGAUUCUUGCAAUUAAUAUAUACUAUAUACUACACUAUCCAAGCUCUAUGAU